AUGCUGUCUUCUGCCCGUGGAAGACCGUUUGCCGAGUCGAAGCCGGAAGAUAAAGCAGGUGAUGGGCUCUGGGAGGCAUAUCUGGAUGGCGUAGAGGAUGAGGACAAGGCCAUUGUCGAGCGUUGGAACGGGUCUACAACGGGGAUACUUACCUUCACCGGCCUGUUUGCUGCAACCGUCGCUGCUUUCGUUAUCGAAAGCUACAAGUCACUCUCGCCCGACACCGGUGCACAAACCGUCGCCCUUCUUGCUCAGCUGGUGGCUGCCACAAAUGCAACCACGAUCAUCCCCGCUACUGAGAUUCUGUCUGAACCGUUCCAAGUUCCCGAGACUGCCGUCAUCGUCAAUGCCCUAUGGUUUUUAAGCCUUGUCAUCUCCCUCGUCUGUGCUUUGCUCGCUACUUUGAUCCAGGAGUGGACGCGAGACUAUCUAAGGGGAACUCAAUGGCGUACCAUGAGUACGACCAUAAGCCAAUACGCUUACAAGCACAUCUACAUUCGCAUGGGUGUUGAGCGUUAUCGACUGGACCGGGUUGCAUCUGUUAUCGUCGGCCUGAUGCACCUGGCGGUCGUACUUUUCCUUGUGGGCCUCGCUAUCUUCUUGUUCCCGAUUCACUUUACGACAGCCAUGGUCGUUGCGGUAUCCUCGGGUACUGCGGCUGCACUAACUGCGCACCUUCAUAAACCCGCUUUAUUGGGUGUCGCUUCUCCUCAACCCGACGUUCUGUGUAACUGUGUUACAUUCCCGCGUACCGUAUGGGAAUAUAUCAAUGACCCCGCGCCUGGCGGAGGCGCGUCUAUUCUGGGGUUCUUCCGUUCCAUCAUGUUCCUCGCCACGCCCUCGCCGGCGAAGGAGGAGCGCAGACGAGUUGCGUUUCUGAAUCAAACACGCCUGAUGUUCAUCUGGCAGCGCACGGGUGGAUACGUCCUCGGCUCCGAUGGCGCUGCUUCGCUGCUGCAGUACCUCCCGCUUCGGCUCGUCAACCUCAUAGCACACGAGCUCGGGUUGUUCUUCAUCUCCAUGCGGUGGAGUAAAGAUAUUAUGGAGAAGAUUGCCACGAGCAUGAUGUCUCUUGAUUCCGUAUCGGCUGCGGUCGGCUCUGUGCGUUUACUACAGGGACUGUUCCAGAUGGACUCUACCAUUGAUACUAUGAUGGCUCAUGGCACGGAUGAAGAAUGGAGAUGGGAGAACACGGAACUUCUCUUGUCGUCUUUCCCUCGGAUUGUCGAGCGGCUCGAGGAAGUGAACGCGCAAGCUCGCAAAGAGGGCGACAUGUCCGUGCUUAUAGCAGUCUCCAGUUUCCGCCGGUCGCUUCUCCUUGCAUGGGAUAAGAUACGAAAGAUCGCAGAACCAGACUCCAAUACGAUGAGCCAGCUGCGAGACUUGUUGACGUCCCUCGACAAGGGCAAGAGUCUGCGUUUAUUGCCUCUAUCCAGCGAGGACUUAUGGAUCAGUGACAAAGCACCCGAUAUGAACGCGUCCUUGGGUCGCGACCUAGCGUCAAGAAACGCGCUGACGCUCUUAUCGCAUCUGAUUUUCACUCGGUUCCACGGCGCGAAUGGUUGGCAGAACCCAGAUUCGCCUUACCUCAGGAAGACGACCCCGAACAUGUGGCACUGGCACGAGCUCUUUGGCGUCAAUCAUCUUGGGUCUUCAAGCGAGAAAGAGCUAUCCGUGACUACAAGUCCUGCCUCGUCAUUGCUACUCACCUUACUGGAGACGGCCGGACUGAGUACAUGGACCGAACCGGGUUCUGACUUCAGCGCGCCCGACGAUGUCGCUCUGCCCGAAGUCGCCAUGGACGCGCUUCGUCACAUUGCUUGUCUUGUGUCCUUCCCACCGCGUUCAGAGCAAGUGCUGCUGAGCAACUCUGAACUCGAAGAGCUCGGCGUCCUCAUAACGCCGAACCCUCCCACGGAUACCCCGCCAUCGUCCACGGAAGACAAGAUUGACGCUCGCGCUCAGAGUUCCCCAAGGCUUGAAGGCGUUCUGUCGCUCCAACACAUCAAGGAUGACGAUCCCCAUGGGUCUCCCAUCCAGAGCUCCCCAAGCGACCAGCAGCCGGACAGUCCGGUAUUGUCGAGCGCGGAACAAGGAAUGCUGGAGACCCUUGUAUCUCCGAAAGAGAGUGGAGUCCAUGUACAUGAAAGCCAUGGAGGACCUUCGGGAGGAGAGUCACAGGCGCCAUAA